UUCACAGCAUUUUGUAUAACUAGUAAAAAAAUGUUUGAUUGUAUAUGAGAAAUAAAAAUAAAAGAGUUUCGUAAUUCGUAAUCAAAUUUGAUACAAGUAAUGCAAACAAAUCUCAUGGAAUUCCCGCAUGUACAUGCUAAGUGACAAAAUUCAAAUACCCUUAGCAAAGGUAGAACCACUGGCUUGUUUAGAGGUCUGUUUCCAAAAUUCCUCAGCUUUGCAGUUGCUCAGUUUCAAUCCGAAGGCAAACAUGAACGGCAGCAUCUCAAUAUCGCAGUGGCUGACGCUGCUAAUCUGCUUCGGGCUGCUUAUCAAUCGGAGCACAGCAAAUGUCAAUAUGAACAGCAGUGCAGCUGCUUUUGCAGUACAGGAGAUUGAAAAGCUCUACAAUGAGGUGCUGCAGUCGAGCGUCGAUAACUGCCGGCAAAUGCUGCAUCAUACAAAUAAUAGCAAUUUAAUUGAUAAAGAAUAUUUCGAAAUGUUAGACACUGCAGACAAAGACAAUUACUAUAGCACGGCAUACCUAAUAUUUUCCCUAAUCCAUGACGACUUGCUCAAAGGACGCCAACCGGACGAAGUGCUCCUGCAGUUGCUGCCCGCAGAGAAAGUCUCUAUUCGCCGCUUCUUCUCCAAAGUGCGAGUACAUUUGAUGAUGUACUUCAAUUUCACAAAUCAGGUGAAAUGGGAACUUAUAAACAAUUUGACGCGUUGGCAGUCCGAAACUGCGGAUAGUAUCGUCGAGGUCUAUCUGGAAUUUCCAACUAAGCUGCGAGAAGAGGCGCCGGAGCUGCAGUUAAUGGACUACAUGGCCCAGGGAAAAAUUAUUUUAGACGCCGUUGCGCAAGCACUACAAAACGUUUUAUAUUCAAUUCUAACUCCCAGGAAAUCCCUUCAAAAGUUGAAUUUACGACUGAGGUCUAUGUGAGCUACUGGGAAACAAAGGUCUUCUAUAGAUAUAUAUAUUUAUAUAAUCUCCGACUGGUCGAAGUCAACUACCUUUACAUUGCUGUACUUCGCAUUUCCUAUCAGUGUAUAUUUAUUAUAUUUAAAUAUACCUUUUAGCUGGGAGCUUACGAUCGCGUGGAUCUGUCAGUUUACUAAUGUAAGAGAACAGUUUUGUUAUUACACAAUAAAAUAUUCACGU